AUGAUUAGGAAGAGUUUGCGUUCGCUGCUGCUCUCAUUCGGAGUGUUUGCUGCUGUAGCAGCAGCAGCAGCAGCAGCAUCAGAGGAAGCAGCAGCAUCAAAAGAUGAUGAAUCUGCUGUUCUUGUUAUGACUAAGGCGAACUUUGAAGACACAUUAAAGCAGAAUGAGGUUGUCCUUGUAAAGUUUUAUGCCCCGUGGUGCGGACACUGCAAGCGCAUGGCUCCUGAAUACGCAAAGGCAGCAAAGAUGCUGAAAGAUAAGAACAGCAAAGUUAUAUUGGGCAAGGUCGACGCAACUGCUGAGACAGACCUCGCGAAUAAACACGAGAUCAGCGAAUUUCCUACCGUUACACUCUUCAGAAAUCAAAAGCCUGAACAGUACACUGGAGGAAGAACUGCUGAAGCGAUUGUAGACUGGGUAGAGAUGAUGACAGGGCCGGCAGUAGUUGAAGUCAGUUCAGAAGAAGAAAUGAAAGAGAAGAUAACGAAGGAGUCCCCUGUAGCCUUCUUCGGCUCAUUUACCUCAAAAGACAGCGAACUAGCAAAGAUAUUUGAGUCUGUUGCAAACGAAAGCCGCCAGCUUGGGAAGUUCUACUGUACAUACACCGGAGAUAAAGAUAAAAUUACUGCUGUACGCUUUGAAGAAGGCUCAUUCACCUUCAACCCCAGCAGCAGCAGCAGCAGCAGCAUCACAAGCGAGCUUAAGACAUUUGUACAUACCGAGUCAUUCCCUCUCUUUGGACCGAUUAACGGUGAAAACUUCAGAAAAUAUAUUGAGAGAGAUGCUGCACUUGUCUGGUUCUGCGGGGCUGAGAACGAUUUCAAUGCGUAUAAAGAGAGCAUCAGAGAAGCAGCAAAAGAAAGCAGAAAUACAUACUAUUUCGUCUGGUUGGAUACAGAUACUUUCAAGGGUCAUGCAGAAGGAGCUUUAGGAAUUACAGAGUUCCCUGGACUUGUUGCACAAACAAAGAAGGGCAGAUUUAUCUUACCUGAUGCUGCUGCAGCAAUGAAGGAUGCAGCAAAGGUUGCUCAAUUUAUGAAAGAUGUUACUGAUGGUAAGAUUGAACGCUCUUUGAAGUCUGAUCCUGUACCUGAAACAAAUGAUGAGCCUGUUAAAGUUGUUGUGGGGAAGACAUUAGAGCAGAUGGUUAUAUCGGAUACACAUGAUGUCUUCCUUGAGGUGUAUGCACCUUGGUGCGGCUAUUGCAAGAACUUCGAACCUAUCUAUAGAGAAUUCGCAGAAAAAAUCAAAGAUCAUACGCAUGUACUUGUAACAAAGAUGGACGGUACAACUAAUGAAACACCUCUUGAUAGCUUCGAAUGGAACAGCUUCCCUACAAUUUUCUUCGUUAAAGCAGGAGAGAAGACGCCGAUGAAGUACGAGGGUUCGAGAACUGUAGACGGUCUGAUGGAGUUCCUCGAGAAGAAUACAUCAAAGCCACUCACAAAGAAAGCAGAUAAGGGUGAAGAACUAUAA